AUUUACCACAUGUUUUCGAUUCCGUACGUAUACACGCACGUAGUUUCGCUUACACGUCGAAUAGAUAGCAAUACCUCAAGAUGGCCAAGAUUGUUGAUGUUACAGAUGGCGUCAUGCCCCCAGAGGAUCAAGUGGUGGUGGUAGAGGAGGAGGAGGAAUCUGAAUCCCUGCUCGAUCGCCUGUCAGGACUAGUGGAGUUCAUUCCCAAACCCAUCCGAGACACUGUGUACAAGGUUGGUACAACCACCCAUUCAGUUACUAUCUACUCGCUUCAAAGUCUGGGCACAGUAGCCUGGAUUGGCACAACUACUUUCUUCGUUCUCGGUCUUCCGCUCAUGUUAGCAGUGGAGGGUGAACAGCAGCUUGAGUCAAUGGAGUUAGAACGCAAGCAACAAAUGCAGCAGCAGCGACAGAUUCUGAACCCCGGUCUAUACGGCGUACCAGCGCAGGGUGCCAACUAAAUCGUGAACUAAGUCAAGUGCUGGUUAUUGACGGCAGCCUGAUUUGAAAUUUCGGAGUUACCGAAUUUUCUUAUUGUUGUAUAUAUUAAAAAAUAGGAUGUUGAUUGUACAGGGCCUAGGAUGCAGACACGUAUAUUCCUAGUACCGCCACUCGAGAUAAACUUUCAAAUACCACGGGGAA